UAUUUUAAAAGAAAACUUUUAGGGGAACAAAGUAUAGGGUUAGCUAUAAAAUCAGGAAGAGGUAAAGAGAACCAAAGAAUAGAGGAUGGACACCACAGCUGUAGCAAGGAUGUGGAACGACACAGAUUAUCUAAGAAAUGAUUCCUUUUCUUGUGCGUCACCCUCUGUAGAGGGCUACCGUUAUUUCGGCGUCCUCUUGGGAUCGGCUGUGACCAUUGUAGGAACCAUAGGGAAUAUUCUGACGGUGCUCGCCUUUGCUACUGAUGUCAACCUGAGGACACGUUUCAAUGUUCUCAUAGUGAAUCUUGCCUUCGCUGACCUCCUAUACUGCACUAUGCUCCAACCUGUCAGUGUUGACUCAUAUCUGCACCUGCAAUGGAGGGGCGGAGCCACGUGGUGCCAGAUGUUUGGAUUCUUACUGUUCCUGUCCAACAGCGUGUCCAUUAUAACAUUAUGCCUCAUCGCAAUGAGCCGUUACCUGGUUGUUGCGCAUCGCACUUCUCGCUGUGCCCGUCUGCUCCUGUCCCACCGUGGAGUGGCGGUGCUCCUCAUCUCCUCCUGGGUACUGGGUCUGGUCAGUUUCGCCCCACUUUGGCCCGUCUACGUGUUCACCCCGCAAGUGUGCACCUGCAGUUUUCACCGCACUAAGGGUCGGCCCUACACCACCGUGCUGCUUUUCAUGUACUUCUUCCUGGGCCUUGGUUGCGUGGGUCUUUUCUACUUUCUGAUCUACCGUAAGGUGAGCGUAGCCUCCAAGGCUUUCCUGAAGUACAGGCCCAGUCGCCACUCAUCAAAACGCAAGAGGGCUGAAGCAGAAGGAACAACAGAUGACAGCGGGAUCAGUGCCGGAGCCUCAACGACUCAAAGCUGUGAGAUCAGCAAUGAAGGGACAGGAGCAGAGCAGCAUAAGGACAGGGCGCAAGAAGGCCACACAACCACACAAGAGUCAAAAACCUCCAUAAGUACCAUUCAAAUUUCCCCAAAUGGGGUGGAAACAUCUUCUAAACCAGCUCCGGUAGCAGUCCAGAUCACUCCAGCUGCCAACUCAGGAGAGGACAAUGAAUUUAAACGCGUGACUCGGAUGUGUUUCACAGUCUUUUUGUGUUUUGUCGGCUGCUUUGCUCCAUUUCUGCUGCUAAAUGUUGCCGAUAAGGCCAAUCGCGCACCACAGGUCGUUCAUAUGAUUUGUGCAAACCUCACUUGGUUAAAUAGUUGCAUUAACCCUUUGCUGUAUGCAGCCAUGAACCGGCAGUUUAACCAGGCCUACAAAGACCUGCUAGGCAAAGCUUUACAUCCACUAACCUGGAUAUGGAGAACCCAUUGGUACACACUCAAAUAAGCGAUAAUGACUAUUAAUUUCAAUGUGAAUAUGACUGAAAGCUACUUCUAUUAAGUGAUCUUGCUCUAUAUAUGUUCAGUGAUUUCACGUAUUAUGCAUGAUGAAAUAUGGAAAUGCACUCAUUGCAUAUUUAUUCUGAGGAGAACAUCACAGUUCUCAUGUUUCUCUUCGUUCAGUCAGUAUAGUUCUAUUCUGUUAUUUUCAAAUCACUUUUUAUGUCGUCAGAUAGCUUGCACUUUAAAAUGUUGCUAGUAAUGGUCCGUAAGCAUUUCUUUUUUUAAGCAUUGGGAUUUUCCAGCCCUUUCAAAGAUGUCAUGUGGCUUUUCACUCCAAAAGCACAAAAUUUCUCUAUUCAUUUCCUCUUUUUUCUGAUUGCACAUAAGCAGAGUAACUAUGUGUGCCACCACCACAGGAAUGAUUUAUACUGAUAUAAGAACAUUUGUUACCUCAUGCACAUAUGAAUAUGGAAAUUUACAGCAGGGUGAUGGGGAAAACAAGAACAGACGUGCCUCACUGCUUAAUUUAUUACCUCAUAUAUGAAACCACAAGAGUUUCAUGUCCUCUUUUGCUUCCUGUGGCAUUUCUGUUUUGAUAUAUAGUGUGUAAGCUGGACCGCUAACAUAUGAAUUAAGAGGUUGAAUUUUUGAAUACAUGUUGCACAUCAUGUCAGUGUUCAAUUAAAACAAAAAAAGAUAAUUUGUGUAUUUUGAUUUUUUUGAGUGCUUCUUUUGAAAAAAAUUGAAAUGUAAAGUCAGCAAAAAUGCUUUAUACCAGAUAUAUUUUUUUAUUUUUCUUACUAGUGGGUGCAGAACACUAUAGUUCAUGUAAGUGAGGAUAGCAAAAUAAAGUAAACUGUGACAUAUUAUACCCUGGAAUUCUUCAUAUUGUGGGCUACCAGUAAAAUGUAUAAAAA